UUUCACUCAAAACUAACUAACACAACAUGGGUUUGCUCCUCUUUCUCUGCCUUGUGUCCAUUUCGUCUCUCCACAGUGUUGGCUAUGCUGCUUCAGCUGGUAAAGGACCCUAUUAUCUCGACGCUCUUCUCCCAAAUGGAGACUUUGAAGAAGCACCCAAGUCCACAAACAUGAAGAAGACAGUGAUCGUGGGCGAGUACUCACUUCCCAAGUGGGAAAUCAAGGGUUUGGUGGAGUACAUCACGGGUGGACCCCAGCCAGGUGGCUUCUACUUUGCCGUGCCACGUGGCGAACACGCAGUGAGGCUAGGCAACGAGGCUUCAGUGUCUCAAAACGUCGCCGUUAAGGCAGGCGCAAUAUACUCCCUUACGUUUGGGACCACAAGGACUUGCGCACAGGACGAGGCGUUGAGGAUCACGGUGGCUGGUCAGUCGGCUGAUCUGCCCAUUCAAACGCUGUACAGCAGCGAUGGUGGCGACUCUUACGCUUGGGCUUUCAAAGCCACUUCUAAGGUUGUUAAAGUCACUUUUCACAAUCCUGGUAUUCAAGAAGACCCCACUUGUGGGCCUCUUUUGGAUCACAUUGCUAUCAAGGAAAUGAGACCUCCCACCUAUGCUAGAGGUAACUUGGUGAAAAACGGAGACUUUGAAAAUGGUCCUCAUGUAUUCAAGAACUUCUCAACUGGAAUCUUGCUCUCACCCAAGAUCCAAGACCUAAUUUCACCACUUCCUGGAUGGAUCGUUGAGUCACUCAAGCCAGUCAAAUUCAUAGACAAAAAGCACUUCUCCGUCCCCUCAGGGCUCGCCGCGAUCGAGUUGGUCGCGGGGAGGGAAAGUGCCAUUGCCCAAAUCAUCCGAACCGUUUCGGACAAGUUGUACAGCCUUAGCUUUACCAUUGGAGAUGCCAAGAAUGGUUGCCAUGGAUCUAUGAUGGUUGAGGCUUUUGUAGCUCAUGAGACCCUUAAGGUCCCCUUUGUGUCACAAGGAAAAGGUCAAUUUAAAACUGCUAGCAUUAAGUUCAAAGCAAUUUCCAAUAGAACAAGGAUAACGUUUUACAGUGCUUACUAUCACACCAAGCUUCAUGAUUAUGGACACAUGUGUGGCCCUGUCUUGGACAAUGUUGUGGUUUCCCCAAUCUACUAAUUUUUCUUUCUUUUUUUCAAAAAAAAAAAAGAAGAAGAAGAAGAAGCUAAUGUUACUUUGGGGAUUUUUUUUUAUUUGUGCUAUUUUUGUAUAAGAGAAGUGCUUAACAAUAUUUUCCUUUUUCCUUUUUUACACGUUUCUAUCAAUUGUAAGAGUAUGAACAGUCAAAGAGAGAUAAUGAGAAUUUUGUUAGUAUUUCUCUUUGUUUAAAGUUGAAUGGCUCAAUCUUUGUAGUUUGAAAAGAGCCAUUGUUCUCUAAUUGUGGGGACAAGGGUUUGUGUAACGGCGUAUGUCUACACUUUUCUUAAAAAGAAGGGUGAUGUGAGUCACAUUUAUGAAUCUUUUGUGGACUAUAAUUUCAAACAA